GGGAGGAAGGAGGGACAGAGCUCCGGCUCCUGCUGACCCACUCGGACCCAGACCUAGACCCAACCCGGCUCUAGACGGCGCCCGCCAUGCGGGGCCUGACUGUGGCCCUGUGGCUCUUCCUGGCUCUGCGCACUGCGCUCAGCGGGAUGGAGGCGCGGUGGUGCUCCACCUCAGACCCGGAGCAGCAGAAGUGCAGCGACAUGAGCAGCGCCUUCCGGAGAGCUGGGAUCCAGCCCGCCCUGCGGUGCGUCCAGGGCGCCUCCGCCGACCACUGCAUCCAGCUCAUCACGGCUGGGGAGGCAGAUGCCAUCACUCUGGACGGAGGAGCCAUUUAUGAGGCGGGGAAGGAGCACGGCCUGAAGCCCGUGGUGGGUGAAGUGUAUGAUCAAGAGGUUGGUACCUCCUACUAUGCGGUAGCCGUGGUCAAGAGGAGCUCCAACCUGACCAUCAACACCCUGAAGGGCGUGAAGUCCUGCCACACGGGCAUCAACAGGACGGUGGGCUGGAACGUGCCCGUGGGCUACCUGGUGGAGAGCGGCAGCCUCUCGGUGAUGGGCUGCGACGUGCUCAGAGCUGUCAGCGAGUAUUUUGGGGGCAGCUGCGUCCCGGGGGCAGGAGAGACCAGUUACUCCAAGUCCCUCUGUCGCCUCUGCCGGGGCAACGCGGCUGGGGAGGGCGUGUGUGACAAGAGCCCCCUGGAGAGAUACUACGACUACAGCGGGGCCUUCCGGUGCCUGGCGGAAGGAGCCGGGGACGUGGCCUUUGUGAAGCACAGCACGGUGCUGGAGAACACGGACGGAAAAACCCUGCCCUCCUGGGGCCAGGAGCUGCUGUCACAGGACUUUCAGCUGCUCUGCCUGGAUGGCAGCCGGGCCGACGUCACGGAAUGGAGACGCUGUCACCUGGCCCGGGUGCCCGCUCACGCCGUGGUCGUCCGGGCUGACACCGACGGAGGCCUCAUCUUCCGGCUGCUCAACGAAGGCCAGCGUCUGUUCAGCCAUGAGAACAGUAGUUUCCAGAUGUUCAGCUCUGAGGCCUAUGGCCAGAAGAACCUGCUCUUCAAAGACGCCACCUCUGAGCUGGUGCCCAUCGCCACACAGACCUACGAGGCAUGGCUGGGCCCUGAGUACCUGCGCACCAUGAAGGGUCUCCUCUGUGACUCCAACCGGCUGCCCCGCUACCUGCACUGGUGUGUGCUGUCCACUCCUGAGAUCCAGAAGUGUGGGGACAUGGCUGUGGCCUUCAGCCGGCAGACGCUCAGGCCGGAGAUCCAGUGUGUGUCGGCCGAGUCCCCCCAGCACUGCAUGGAACGGAUCCAGGCUGGGCAGAUCGACGCUGUGACCUUGAGGGGUGAGGACAUUUACACCGCGGGGAAGGCGUACGGCCUGGUUCCGGCGGCUGGCGAGCAGUACGCCCCGGAGGACAGGAGCAACUCGUACUUCGUGGUGGCCGUGGUGAAGAGGAACAGCUCCGCCGCCUUCAGCCUGAGCGAGCUGCGGGGCAAGCGCUCCUGCCAAUCGGCCCUGGGCAGCCCCGCCGGCUGGGACAUCCCCGUGGGCGCCCUCGUGCGGAGGGGCUUCAUCCAGCCCAGGGACUGCGACGUGCUCACAGCCGUGAGCGAGUUCUUCAGCGCCAGCUGCGUGCCCGUGAACAACCCCGGGCGCUACCCGUCCUCGCUGUGUGCGCUCUGCGUGGGGGACGAGCAGGGCCGCCACAAGUGUGUGGGCAACAGCCAGGAGAGGUACUUCGGCUACAGCGGCGCCUUCAGGUGCCUGGCUGAGGACGCGGGGGACGUCGCCUUUGUCAAGCACACAACCGUCUUUGACAACACAGAUGGCCACAAUCCGGAGCCCUGGGCUGCUGAGCUCCGGUCGGAGGACUAUGAGCUGCUGUGUCCCAAUGGGGCCCGGGCCGAGGUGUUUCAGUUCAAAGACUGCAACCUGGCACAGAUGCCGGCCCACGCCGUCAUGGUGCGGCCAGACACCAACAUCUUUGCCGUGUAUGGACUGCUGGACAAGGCCCAGGGCCUGUUUGGAGAUGACCACAAUAAGAACGGGUUCAAAAUGUUCGACUCCUCCGACUAUCAUGGCCAAGAUCUGCUUUUCAAGGACGCCACCAUCCGGGCGGAGCCUGUGGGGGAGAGAACCACCUACCUCGAGUGGCUGGGCCCCGACUACGUGGCGGCUCUGGAAGGGAUGCUGGCGCAGCAGUGCUCCCGUGCAGGCCUCGCUGCCUCCAGCGCCUCCCCGCUGCCGCUGCUGCUCCCGCUGGCCCUGGCGGCCGGCCGCCUCCAGCUCUCCCUCUGAAGCGGCCCUGGGCAGCCUCCCCCUCCCUCGGAAUGGAAACCGACCCAGAAACCUCUAUAAAUAAGGCCGUUCUCCUCAGUCAACCCAGCGGACACUCGGCGAGAAGCGUGUGAUGGGAGAGGAAAUGUGAGACACCACGGAGCUGUGACCCGACACUGAAGAGCCUGUGCUGGCUUCCAAGUGGGAAAAGAUGGAUGUGCAAGAAAAGUCCCCCGCCUCGCGCUGGGCGAGCAGGUCUCUCCUGCUGGAACCCAGCCUCUGCCUCCCCGCACCACCUGUCCCUCUGCACCUGAGGCAGCCGGCGCCUCCCAGGCGCGGCCCACCCGCCUCUGGCACUGCCGCCCCCCAAACCUGCAGCUCCCGCCACCGGGGGCCGCGCAGGCUUGGGCUUGGAAAAGGCCAGUUACCAAGGAAACAGGCUGAGCCGGGCUUCCCACAGGGCCCCUCUGCUGGAGCCGCCCAGGGGCUGAGAGAUGACAGGGCCUGCGGGCCCUCCCUGCUGGUUCCCACUUCCCCUCUGGAGAAGGGCCCUGCCCUCCAUCAGCCCCCGCCCCCCCAUCUGUCCUCAAGACUCGGUCCCAGCCUCCCUCCUGAGGACUCUGUGUCUGUCCACCACGGCAUCCACCAGAUGAGCUGCAGCCAGGCCCUCCACGGAGCCAACGGCAGCCCCAUGUUCUCGUCUUGUGUGGCUCGGUGUGGCCGGGACCACCGGCCCCCGACUGCUGGGCUGGUGUGGCUGGGGCUGGGCCACUGGGACGACACCCUCCAGGGCUCCUCAGACCAAGGAAAUGCUCCUUAGUAAGAUUUUUUAAGAGGCCUGGGGCCCGAGGCAGGGUCAGGGUCUAACGUUCUGCCUGAACAUCUGUCUGCUGUAAGGAGGGAGGCUCAGAGCUAGACAGGCUGUUGCCCUGCCAUUCGGUGAAUUCGGCUGCACCAGCCUCUGCCCGGGGGUGAAGCCCAGUCAGCCGGAGUCCCUCCUCCUGCGUUUCCUCCUCUUCGGCUCCAUCUCAUACCACCCCCUUCUCCACCAGCCGAGCGACACUCCCUCCCACCCCCCCUCGGAGCUCGGGGCCUGGAGUAGGGGCGGCCGGACCUCGAGGGCCUCUGAGGCCCUGGGAGUGGGAGGUGCCGUUCUCUUUGUCAGAAGAGCCAGGGCCCUGGGUGACCUGAAGCCACUUUCCCAGAGGAAGGGCCCCUCUUCCUGUCCCUGUGAGUCGGCGGAAGUGCCUGGAGAGGGUCCUCUCUCUGCCCCAUUAUUGCCACAGCUGUCUGAAGAGCAGAAGACCCUUCCAGCACUGUGAGCUCUCAUCCUGAAUGUUGCUCCCUGAGAAACCAAAGAGAGAGAAGAAACAGGAGCAGGCCCCUCGGCGGCGGCAGCCCGGGAGCCACGAGGGCCGGGAGCUAUUUCCAGCUCAGUCUGCGGGGUCUCAGAGACACUGACGGCAAGCAGGGCUCCCAGUGCUGCGCCCCCACCUGUGGGCGUGGGGUCCCUGCCAUCCCUCAGCCGCAAAGGAGGCCCCUGGCAGCAUCCUGGCCAUCGCCACACCGUCCUGAGGGUCCUGGCCACCAUGCUGGGCAAGCCCCCCCCCCCCACCAUGAGGGGCCAGGAGGACCCCCUCUGCUCUCAGGCUUUGGAGCCUCUGCACUGGGGCAGCAAAGGAUUCUUCUCUGACUGAUGAUGUUUGAUUUUUUAAAGCGAGAUCCGUGCAGUGAGACGUGUACCUCAGUAUGGCUGCCCUGGGUUAGAAAGCCGCCAGCGUGUGGCCCCUGCGUGGAGAGCGCCCGAGGUGUGGCCUGAGUGCGUGCGGUGUGACGUGAGGCGACGGCAGGGCCCCCACUGUGUUAGUGCCCAGAGGAGAUGGUGUGUUUUCAAUAAA